AUGAAAAGACUCCGAGUCUCGUUGUAUCAAGCCAUCAAGAAAAGGAUUGACACGCAAACAAAGAGAGCACAGUUACAAGGGAACCAGAAGUACGAGCGUUCCAUCCGAGAACGCAUGCACAAUUUGGCAUUCCAGCAAGUGGGAAACACAAACAAAGGCGAAUAUGACGCGGACAAGGCGUUGGUAGUCGCUCGUGUUAUUCAACAGAUACGUGAUGGUGUCAACGGUGGUAUCAAUGGGCAAGACGGAGUCUUGUUCAUUCAACAAUACUAUCUGAAUAAAGGACUGAAGAUAUGCAAGGAGCAAGGUAAAGACGCGGCCAUAAAAGAACUUGACCAACUGAUCAAGCGCAGUUGCUGGACACCUAUCAGUAUUGAGAAACUAAAGCCGACUGAAAGAAAGAAGGCUGUAGAUGCAAUGAUGCUACUGGCCGAAAAGAAUGAUGGAGUAACGAUCAAAGGACGCUGCGUAUUCAAAGGUAACGAGACCCGGGAUUGGUUGUCUCGUGAGGACACCGCAAGUCCUACAGCUUUGCAUGAGGCUAUUAUCUGUACGGAUGUAAUUGAUGCCCAUGAAGGUAGAAACGUCAUGUCAAUGGAUAUACCUAACGUGUUUAUCCAAACAUUGAUGCCCGAGCAGGAAGAAGGAGAAGAUCAAGUAGUAAUGAAAAUUACUGGACUGCUGGUUGAUUGUAUGAUUGACCUAGAUCCGAUGUAUCAGGAUUUUGUAGUAAUCGAAAAUGGACGUCGAGUGAUCUAUGUUGUGAUCCUCCGUGCUUUUUAUGGGAUUUUGCAGGCUUCGCUGCUGUAG